AUGAAUCGUUUCAAUGCCGGCAACAUCAUCGGCGACCCCUUCGCCCUCGCCACCAUUUCCAUAUCUAUCCUUGCAUGGAUCAUUUCCUUCGUCGCUUCUAUCAUUGCCAACAUCCAGGUUGACUUUCCCAACCUAGUAUGGUGGGCCACCGCUUACAUGCUGCUCUGCAUCAUCGGAGUGAUUGUUGUAAUCGGGUCGGACACCAGUUUGGUGUAUGGCGUCGCGAUUACCGGAUAUCUUUCAUCAGGGCUCGUCUUGACUAGUCUUGCUGUCAACUCGUUGGUGUCUGAGCCCCAGGCCUCCAAACAAGCUGCUUCUGCUGGAUAUAUCCUAUUGUCCAUGGUGAACAUUAUCUGGAUCUUCUACUUUGGUUCCACCCCACAGGCAACCCAUCGUCGCACGAUCGAUUCUUUCGCUUUGAACAAGGAAGGCACUCCAUACCAGAACAGCCGCCCUGCGUCCCACGCAUUCGGCGCUCGCCCCGACACGACCGCCAGCCAGGCGCCUCAGAUGUACACCUCGGCUCAACUUAGCGGCUUCGAGACGUCUUCCCCCAUGUCUGGGUACCCUGGUGGUCCCCCAGGCUCAGACAAGCGCAACACCAACGCAACAGCCUUUGGUGUUGGACCCAACCCAGUCAACCCGAACAAUGGCGGCAACCCAGAGGUAUCGAACGAAGUGAGCCAGCCGACAGAAUACCCAUACAAGGCCAAGGCCAUCUACUCUUAUGAUGCGAACCCCGACGAUGCGAAUGAAAUCAGCUUCGCCAAGGGUGAGGAGCUGGAAGUCUCUGAUGUUAGUGGCCGUUGGUGGCAAGCAAAGCGAGCAACUGGCGAGACAGGUAUUGCCCCGUCAAAUUACCUGAUCUUGCUGUGA